CAGGCAUGUAACAUAGACAUCAGCAGUGCAGCAAACUAACAGCAAGCUUUUUAAAAAAACGGAAUAAGAAGAAAUCCAGCAUGCAUUUCCUAUCCCAGCAUAGCUUAACAGCUCAGUGGGGAACAUGCUGCUACCUGGCAUGCGUACUCAUCGUGAUCUCCUGCUCUCGACCGGUGUCCCCCGCUCAACCCCCUCCCGUGGCGGCAGGUUACCGCUCUGCGUUCUCUGCCACGCAGACUAACAGCAUGGUGGGAGGCAAGCAGAAGGCCGUGACCUUCAGCCGGCUCACGGUCAACAUCGGCGGGGACUUCAACCCGGACACCGGCCUCUUCCGCUGCCGCAUCCCGGGGGCUUACUACUUCGCCUUCUCUGUGGGGAAGUUCCCAAAGAAAAUGCUGUCUGUGAUACUGGUGCGGAACGGAGAGGAGGUGCAGGCCAUGGCGUACGACGACUACCGCAAGAAAGGGAGGAAAGUUCAGAGCCAGAGCGUCAUGAUCAGUCUGAAGGAAAUGGACACAGUGUGGCUGCUUUUACAGCAGAGUCCUCAGUAUGCUCUGUACAGCAACGCAGGGCCGUACAUCACCUUCUCUGGUUACCUCGUCUACCCAGACCUUUCCCAAAGCAGCCUCAUCAGCAACCACCUGUCCCCGCCAGGCCCGUCCUUCACAAACUGCCCCCCUCAGGCCGACCCCGGGGCCAAAGGUCAAAGCUCAGAUCAGCCGCGGUCUGCUUUCUCUGUGGCACGGACGUCCACUCUCCUGGGUCAGAGCAGCAGGCAGCAGGACAAGCCACCUCUGACCUUCGAUGUGGAGUAUGUAAACAUCGGGGGACAUUUCAACAGGACCUCCGGCCUCUUCACCUGCCACUUUCCCGGCGCGUACUUCUUCGCCUUCACUAUCGGGAAGCACCCGCGUAAGGCCGUCUCUGUGAAGCUGAUGACCGGGAAGGGCGAGGUGCAGGCGAUGGUGUUCGACGAGGACACGUCGAAGAGACGCGAGAUGCAGAGUCAGAGUCUGCUGCUGUCUCUCCGGCGCGGUGACAGCGUGUGGCUGUACAGUCAGCAGGACGAGCGCUACGCCGUCUACAGCAACCAAGGGAGGUACACCACCUUCUCCGGCUUUCUGGUUUACCCCGAAGAGACGACGCUCACACCUCCCACCCCUCAGGACGGAACGCCCCACUAAAUGUUUCACCUCAUUUUUUUAAAGAUAGUCUAGAAAAGAUAACACAAUGUGAUGUUUAAUGUAGAUAUCUGUAUGUUACUUCAGAGUGAACGGGGCAGAACACAUCCUGCACCUGUUCUCAUUAUUAUGUUAAGUAUCUUUUAAUUAUAGUGAAUAGAAGUAGGGAUCAAAGCUGUUGCCAAAUUCUACCACAAGAUGGUGCUAGAGGACAAGUAUGGACACUAACAAGAAUGCAAAGAGGUCAUUUUGUCUUUAAAGUGCAAUAACUGUAAGACAUCAUCAUAAACAACUGAAUGAUUUAGUGUUAGUUACUGUUAAUAUGUUCUGCAUUAACUAGAAAAAACAAUUACAUGUAAACAGAUGUAAUGCAUAUAAGGAAAAUGAUGUAAAUGAUGUAUAGUUUAUUAACAUUUACUUACUGUAAAAGUAGAUUUAGAAAUACUUUAUAAUCAUGUCAGAGAUGAUAGCCUGCUUAUGAAACUUGAAUGUUAUGGAUAAACCUAUAUAUAAAUAUAUAUAUAUAAAUAGAUGUAUUGUUUUAUGUUUAAUGUUCAUUUCAGGAAAAUAAUAAAUAAAGUCAUACAUUUAAUGAAUUAAAAAGAGAUUGAUUCU